AUGGUUGUGUCACCGCUGGGGCUUCGAAAGCGAAGGACGCGUGAAAGGGACUCGGGACGAGGGGAGGCCGUGAAGACCUCCGUUUCCGACCUGCCCUGGGACACAACCGCGGCCCUGCCGGGUUGGGCGUCGCGUUUGCGCGCGGUGGAGGUGAUGCGGGCGGAGGUGGGGAGGGUUCGGUUGCGGGAGGCGGUGAGACACGGUGGGGAGGCCUCGCGACUCGCGGAUGGCGUCUGGGGUGCGUCCUCCUCGAGUGACGAUGCCUCAUGGGCCUUUGGGGUUUCUUGCUUGGUUACCUCACCUUGGGUUUGGUAUGGGCGGGCGGUUGCUGGGGGCUCCGCUGGCCUGCUGGGUACCGCGUCCAUGGAGGGCCCGGCCAUGUCCUUCAUUCCCUCGUCUUUGUCGCCGUCUUGCAGUGGCUCUGAUUGCCUUGUCGACGGCAUAGUAAGCUCCGGCACAGGCGUUUGA